CCGGCCAGACCACUCCAACAAAACCGACCCAGACCGCCCCGCAGGCCAGAAACCCUAGCCAUUUCCCUUCCGCCGCCCUCCUCUCCGGCCUAGAUCCCGGCCAACUCCGGCGACCCGAUCCCGAUCCUUCCGCUUAUCCCGACGCCCAGCCCUGCCCUGCCGGCUCACCCAGCUCCAGUCCACCACCACUCUCUCCCUCCUCCCUCCUCCGCCUACCCCCGCCCGCCUCCAGGGCCCGCCGAUUCGCUUCGGGAGCUCUCGAAUCCGGCGGCGCUCGCUGCGUGAAUGCGGCUGCCUCUCGGCGGCGCGGCGAGGCGUUGAUUGGGUGGGCCGCGCGCGCGCGAUGAGUUGCUUCUCCUCUUUCCCCUCCCGCAAGCUGCAGCCAAGCCGCCGAGCGAGCGAGGGGAAGAUGUCGAAGUCGUGCAAGGGGCUGGCCAUGGAGCUCGUCAAGUGCCUCAGCGAGACCGACUGCGUCAAGGUGCAGAACAGGCCGUACAAGGAGUGCGCCGGGGAGAAGGUGCCCUGCAUCACCAGCGAGUGCGUCGGCCUGCGGGAGACCUACUUCAACUGCAAAAGGGGCCAGGCAAACCGAGCUGGAGUUCAUACAUACAAACAGAGUUGGAGUAAUACAGGACGGUGGCGUCUAGGUGAUUCAGCUUGCCCCAGGCAACGAGCAGCUCCACUGUACUUGAGCGUCUUCGCAAGGUAUAUGGACAUCACCUUCUUCGGGUGGAGUGAAAUUCAAGUCUGGGAGCACCAUAUUGAUCUGAUUGCUGCUGGGUCUCUUCGUUCAGGUGCCAGUCAUCGACAGCCUGGGCGAGGAGUUGCUUGGGCCGGGCAAAUAAUCCGGAGGAGAUUGUUCUCCAAGAGCUCCAGGUUGAAGAAGUUUGAAGACACUCAGUGGAAAUUAUGUAGUUAUCAAAUUUGUGGACCUAGUAAUACUGUGAUUGUAUACACAUCUGCUUGUGAGAUGAUCUACAUUGACUAAUUUUGGGUGUUAUUUGAAGUAUAAUUACGUGCA